AUGGCCUUGAUUUUCCUGCUCCUUCAAACUUGUUAUUCAAGAGACGGCUGUCAUAAUCGGUAUCUGGGCUCGACGUACCCAACAGCAGAAAGACGUCGGACCUCAAAAAGGCAGUAUACAACUUACCUCGAUGGGACCGUUUCCUUUACGCCACAGUAUGACAGCUUGAUCAUUACCUCUCAUGCGCACUCGGCAAAAGACGUUAUACGACGUGUGCCCCGGACUACCUGUGCGACCUUGUUAUGCGAAUUCAGCCAAUGCACUGAUUUGUCCACGAACCAGUCCUUCGGAUACUGGUUCGUGGAUCGAAGACACCAGGCUCGAAAGACUUGUCUCAACUACCCGCCCCUGACUGCUGGAUCUGAGGGGAACUUCGUGCUGCUUGCCGUCGAAUAA